AACGGUCGGCCAAAAGUAUCCCCGAAGAAAGCGACUCGCUUCCAAGGUGGGGAGAAAGUGACCCAGAGAGGACCGAAGUCGAAGACGUCAGUCUCUCGAAGAUCUUCGAACGAGCCUGAAUGCGCUUAUUUAGAAGCCGAGGAUUUUGCGAUCACCAAAGAUGUUCCGGACGGCUUCGGUCGUCCUAUGGGCGAUACUCGUAGCGACAGCAGAAACGUGGACGCCAACCUCGACGACGUCUCUAAUUUCCCAUGGACCCUGGAGCGAGAUCCUCGAAGAAUUCGUCGUUCUUGGAAAUAAAAGCUCCAAUGCGAGAUCAUCCAGGGUGAUGAAACUCGGAGACAAAAUGUUAACGAUCUCCUCCAGAGCGACCGCACCGAACAAAAGAGACGUUUCCGAAACGGACCUGUACCUGCUCGGCGCAAUCGAGAAACUGGUAUACAGGGUGGAUUUUUUGGAGAAACGUCUGAGACGAGCGGAAGAUCUUCUGCAUUACGUUAUCGCUGGCAACGAUCACGCCCAAGAAUCCUGCCCAGAGAAUUAUACGAGGAUCGGUCGGAAUUGCUAUCACUUCAGCUUUCGAGAAUUUGACUGGAAAUCGUCGGCCAGCCUCUGUCGCGGAAUGGGCGGAAAUCUGGUGGAACUGGAAACCGUUGAGGAGAAUCAAGACGUUAUAGCGUACCUGCAAACCGAUAAGAAGGUUAAAGGAAAACAUUUUUGGACCGGUGGACUAAAUCCGGGACUUCUGUGGAUUUGGGCAGGCAGCGCCAGACCCGUUCACCACGAUACCAAACAGACCGUCAAUGGCGAUGGAAGGUGUUUGAAGCUGGAGUACAGUCCCAUUUCAAGAAUUUAUUCUUACAAGGGCGAAGAUUGCGGCUCCAGACAACGAUAUAUAUGCGAACUGUCGAAGGAUGACGAAUCCGCGAAUAAAAUUGAGAGAACGGCCCGGAGACUAUUCGGUAAGGCGGAUUAACGAUUUCGAUACGUACAUCUUUUAAAACUGUACGUUAUACAGUUUCUAAUUACGCUUAUAGAAUGGUAACGUAUCGAAUGAAUUAAUUUAUACGUUUAUUGUCAUGGAUGUGUGAGUGUUGUAUUUGUCCGUUUCUAUCUGUAUAUAUUUGUCAUCGACUUUUGAGA